GGGGGGGGGGAUUAUUAUGGGAUGUCUGCCCCCUUUGUGUGUUUGUGAGGAUGUUAGCUAAGCUCAGGCUGUGAGGUUGAGGGGAAAAAAGGGGGACAGCAGCGUGUUUUGACUGGUUCGUGUUUUAAUUUUUGCUUAUUGGUGUUUGAGCCCGGCCGAAUGAAUGACAUUUGACAACUACAACAACAAACUGCACAAACACGUAACGCGAAGAGAGCACGCCUCCCCUCCGGACUACACACACCACACUCCAAGCGCCCCCUCCCUUCCUGGACACCCCCGGUACAUUUCUCCCACAGUCCCACGUCAUUUUCCCUCCUCCCGCGCCCACUGAGGAUCAAGGUUUAGGAGGGAUCACUUCGACCAAGAAUUACAACCAUAAGAACAUGUCGGCCAGUGAGGAUGAGCGGGACGACUUCGGAGCCGCGGACGAGCACUCACUUGUUCACGAUGAGGACGAGCUGGAGGAUGUUCUGUCUGACGUAGACGAGGUACCCAAACCCAAGAAGAAGAAGAAAGCCAAAAAGAGCAGGAGCGAGAGCAGGAGCAGCAAGAGGCAGAGACCCAUCAGAGAGGAGUUGCCUCUUAGUUCUCCAGAACAUCUGAUUGGAGAUGAAGGAGGAGAUGAUGGUCUGCGGUCAGAGAGUGAAGGAAGUGACUAUGCUCCUGGGAAGAAAAAGAAAAAGCGCUCAAGUACUGCCAAAGACAAGAAGAAAGGAGGUGCAUCAUCAGAGAAAAGCUCCUACAGCUCAAAGAAGCGAAAAGAACCAGAGCCAGAAGAUGAUGAGGAUGACGACGACGAUGAUAACCAGCCUAAAAGUUCCUCUCAGCUGUUAGAGGCCUGGGGCAUGAAGGACAUUGACCAUGUCUUCACGCAGGAAGACUACAGCACCCUCACUAACUACAAGGCCUUCAGCCAAUUUGUCAGGCCAUUAAUUGCAGCAAAGAAUCCGAAGAUUGCUGUGUCAAAAAUGAUGACAUUGAUGAUGGCCAAGUGGAGAGAAUUCAGCACCAACAAUCCUCUCAAGGGUUGUGCCAGUGCCAAUGCAGCACUGGCAGCAGCCAGUGCUGCUGCAGCUGUGGAGAACAUGGUGGCGUCUGGGACAGAAGGUGGCACAGAGACUGGUGCUGCCACUUCACCUGCAUCUACACCUGCUCCUGCUGUUGUAACACCACCUACCGCACCACCAGCUGCCCCAGCACCUCCACUCCGCAAGGCCAAGACCAAAGAAGGAAAAGGUCCUAAUGCUCGCAGGAGGUCAAAGCCUGCACCAAAGCCUCCCCCAAAGCCCAAACCCAAGAAAGUGGCUCCACUCAAGAUUAAAAUAGGAGGCCUCAGCAGUAAACGGAAGCGCUCCUCUAGUGAUGAGGAUGAGCCUGAUGGCGACAGUGACUUUGAUGAUGGGAGUUUCUCCGUGUCAGAUAGCUCCAAUCGCAGCAGUCGUUCCAAAAAAAAGUCUAAGAGUAUGAAGAAAAAGAAGAAAGUUGAGACAGAGGAUGGUGAUGGCUAUGAGACGGACCACCAAGACUACUGUGAAGUCUGCCAGCAAGGAGGGGAGAUCAUUUUGUGUGAUACCUGUCCGAGAGCUUACCACAUGGUCUGUCUGGACCCUGACAUGGAGAAGGCACCUGAGGGCAAGUGGAGCUGCCCACACUGUGAGAAGGAAGGGAUCCAGUGGGAGGCCAAAGAGGACCUGUCUGAUGUCGAAGGGGAGGAGGAUGAUGACAGACAAGAUGAAGGGCUGGAGGAAGAAUAUGAUCACCACAUUGAGUUUUGUCGGGUAUGUAAGGACGGAGGAGAGCUGCUCUGCUGUGAUACCUGCCCCUCCUCCUACCACAUCCACUGCCUCAACCCUCCACUUCCCGAAAUCCCCAAUGGAGAAUGGAUCUGCCCCCGCUGCAAGUGUCCACCGAUGAAAGGCAAAGUCCAAAAGGUUAUAACGUGGCGCUGGGGGGAUCCUCCGCCACCAAUGCCUGUCCCCCGGCCUGCUGACCUGCCUGCUGAUGCUCCUGACCCCCCUCCACUGGUGGGCCGAAGGGAAAGGGAGUUCUUUGUAAAAUGGUGCAAUUUGUCCUAUUGGCACUGCUCGUGGGUGCAGGAGCUACAGUUGGAGUUGAACUGCCAGGUGAUGUUCCGUAACUAUCAGAGGAAGACAGACAUGGAUGAACCUCCCCUUGUGGACUUUGGAGGUGAUGGUGAUGAUGACAAGAGCACCAAGAGGAAGAACAAGGAUCCUCUUUAUGUUCAUAUGGAGGAGAAAUACUACCGCUAUGGAGUGAAGAUGGAGUGGCUUAUGAUCCACCGUGUCUUGAAUCAUAGUGUUGAUAGGAAAAACAACGUACAUUACCUCAUUAAAUGGAGAGAUCUGCCCUAUGACCAGUCAACUUGGGAGAGUGAAGACAUGGACAUCCCUGAGUUUGAUCUCUACAAACAGACCUACUGGAAUCACAGAGAAUUGAUGGUGGGUGAAGAGAGCAAACUUGGUAAGAAGCUGAAAAAGCCAGUCAAAGUCAAGAAGGUUGAGCGACCCCCUACAAACCCAGUUGUAGAUCCCACCAUCAAAUUUGAUCGGCAGCCUGAAUACCUGGACACCACAGGAGGGACUUUGCAUCCUUACCAGCUGGAGGGACUGAACUGGCUGCGGUUUUCUUGGGCUCAGGCAACUGACACAAUCCUUGCGGAUGAGAUGGGUUUAGGCAAAACUGUACAGACUGCUGUCUUCCUCUACUCAUUGUACAAGGAGGGUCACUCCAAAGGUCCGUUUCUGGUUAGUGCUCCACUGUCAACCAUUAUUAACUGGGAGAGAGAGUUUGAGUUGUGGGCCCCUGACUUGUACGUGGUGACUUAUGUCGGCGACAAAGACAGCAGGGCUGUCAUUAGAGAAAAUGAGUUCUCCUUUGAGGGAAAUGCUAUUCGGGGUGGAAAAAAAGCAUCCAAGAUGAAGAAAGACUCCCCAGUGAAAUUCCAUGUUUUGCUGACAUCCUAUGAGCUGAUUACCAUUGACCAGGCUGCACUGGGUUCCAUUGAAUGGGCGUGUCUGGUGGUUGAUGAGGCACACAGACUCAAAAACAACCAAUCCAAAUUCUUCCGUGUCUUAAACAACUACCCACUCCAACACAAGCUGCUGCUGACUGGCACGCCUCUUCAGAACAACCUGGAGGAGCUCUUCCACUUGCUUAACUUCCUCACUCCAGAGAGAUUCAACAACCUGGAAGGGUUCCUGGAGGAGUUUGCAGACAUUGCCAAAGAGGACCAGAUCAAGAAACUGCAUGAUAUGUUGGGACCACACAUGCUCAGGAGACUGAAGGCUGAUGUUUUCAAACAUAUGCCCUCCAAAACUGAGCUCAUUGUUCGAGUGGAGUUGAGCUCCAUGCAGAAGAAGUACUACAAGUUCAUCCUAACACGUAACUUUGAGGCUCUAAACACUCGUGGAGGUGGAAAUCAAGUAUCUCUCCUGAAUGUAGUGAUGGAUCUCAAAAAGUGCUGCAAUCAUCCCUACCUCUUCCCUGCAGCUGCCACUGAGGCACCAAAGCUUCCAAAUGGCAUGUAUGAGGGAACUGCACUGACAAAGGCCUCAGGGAAGUUGUUGCUGCUUCACAAGAUGAUGAAAAAGCUGAAGGAGGGCGGUCACAGGGUUCUGGUCUUCUCCCAGAUGACCAAAAUGCUCGACCUGCUGGAGGACUUUCUGGAAAAUGAGGGAUACAAGUAUGAGAGAAUUGAUGGAAGUGUCACUGGAAACUUGAGACAGGAAGCUAUUGACCGCUUUAAUGCACCUGGUGCGCCCCAGUUUGUUUUCCUUCUUUCUACCAGAGCUGGUGGUUUGGGAAUAAAUCUCGCCUCAGCUGACACUGUCAUCAUCUAUGACUCUGACUGGAACCCCCAUAAUGACAUCCAGGCUUUUAGCAGAGCUCACCGGAUUGGCCAAAACAGGAAAGUGAUGAUUUAUCGCUUUGUUACCAAAGCCUCUGUGGAGGAGAGGAUCACUCAGGUGGCCAAGAAAAAGAUGAUGCUCACCCACCUGGUGGUGCGACCUGGGCUUGGCUCUAAGACGGGGUCAAUGUCCAAACAGGAACUCGAUGACAUCCUCAAGUUUGGAACUGAAGAACUGUUCAAGGAUGAGGUUGGAGAGGGCGACAACAAGGAAGAUGACAGCAGCGUGAUCCAUUAUGACGAUCAAGCUAUUGAGCGUUUGUUGGACAGGAACCAGGACGCCACAGAUGACACAGAGCUCCAGAGCAUGAAUGAAUACCUCAGCUCAUUUAAAGUGGCCCAGUAUGUGGUCAAAGAUGAGGAUGAUGAGGAGGAGGAGGUAGAAAGGGAGGUCAUCAAGCAGGAAGAAAGUGUGGAUCCUGACUACUGGGAGAAGCUGCUUCGCCACCACUAUGAGCAGCAGCAGGAGGAUCUCGCCCGUAAUCUGGGCAAAGGCAAAAGGACCCGCAAACCUGUUAACUACAAUGAUGGCUCUCAGGAGGAUCGAGGUAUUGCACAGGAUUGGCAGGAGGAUCAAUCUGACAACCAGUCUGAUUAUUCGGUGGCUUCAGAGGAAGGCGAUGAGGACUUUGAUGAACGGGCUGAAGCUAAUGCCCGCAGGCCGAGCCGCAAAGGGCUGAGGAAUGAUAGAGACAAACCGCUGCCUCCGCUGCUGGCCAGAGUGGGCGGAAACAUUGAGGUCUUGGGCUUCAACUCACGACAGAGGAAGGCUUUUUUAAAUGCAGUGAUGCGUUAUGGGAUGCCUCCCCAAGAUGCUUUCACCAACCAGUGGCUGGUCAGGGACCUCAGAGGAAAGUCUGAAAAGGAAUUCAAGGCGUAUGUGUCUCUCUUCAUGCGUCACCUUUGUGAGCCGGGGGCUGAUGGAGCCGAGACCUUUGCAGAUGGUGUACCACGAGAGGGGUUGUCUCGGCAACACGUGCUGACUCGCAUUGGUGUGAUGUCGCUCAUAAGAAAAAAGGUUCAGGAGUUUGAGCAUGUGAAUGGCCAGUGGUCCAUGCCCUGGAUGGCAGAGCUGGAGGAGAACAAAAGGGCAGCAGCUUUAGCAGCAGGAGAGGAUCCAAAGACUCCUUCAAGUGGAACCCCUGCAGACACACAACCCAACACUCCUGUACCAGAGGAUUUAUCAAAAAUGGAUGACAAGGACUUCGACAUGAGGAAGGAGGGAGAGGUUGGUAAAGGAGCCAGGAAGCCUGAUGAUAAUUCAGAGAUUAUUGAAAUUCCAGAUGAGUUUGACAAAUCUCCUUUUGAAAAGAAAGAAAAAGACUCCACUGCAGGGAAGGAGGAAGAACAAAAGGUGGCAGGAGGUGGAGUUGAGAGCAAAGAGAAAGAACUUGAAGUUUUGAUGAACAAGGAGAAAGAAGAGAAGGACAAGGCGCCUGAGUGUGUGGAGACAGUUACGGAGCUCAAGGGGGACACUUCAGAGACCAGAGCGGCUUCAGAGGAUGACAAGUCUAAAGUCGAGGAGGGCAAAGAAGAGAACAUGGACACUGGUUCCCCUUCUGAGGAGAAAAAAGAGCAAAAAGCAGAUAAAGACGGAUUGAAAGCAGAUGAGUCAGCUAAGCUGCAGAAUGGUGAAAACAACAAAGAAGGAGCAGGAGUGCCGAUGCUUAACAUUAGUGAAGAAAAGAAGAAAGCCACCAAGCAGAGGUUCAUGUUCAACAUUGCUGAUGGAGGAUUCACAGAGCUUCACUCUCUGUGGCAGAAUGAAGAGAGAGCAGCCACCGUCACCAAGAAGACCUUUGAGAUCUGGCACCGUCGACAUGACUACUGGUUACUUUCGGGAAUUGUCCAACAUGGGUAUGCCAGGUGGCAAGACGUGCAGAAUGACGUGAGAUUUGCCAUCCUCAACGAGCCCUUCAAAGGGGAGAUGAGCAGGGGAAAUUUCCUGGAAAUCAAGAACAAGUUCUUGGCUCGCAGAUUCAAAUUAUUAGAGCAGGCUUUGGUGAUUGAGGAGCAGUUACGCAGAGCAGCUUACCUAAAUAUGACAGAGGACCCAGCACACCCGUCCAUGGCCCUCAACACACGCUUCAGUGAGGUGGAGUGUUUGGCCGAGUCCCACCAGCACCUCAGCAAGGAGUCCAUGUCUGGAAACAAACCUGCCAAUGCUGUACUACAUAAAGUUCUCAAACAGCUGGAGGAACUGCUGAGUGACAUGAAGGCUGACGUCACACGUCUCCCAGCAACAAUCGCCAGGAUACCUCCUGUCGCUGUCCGGCUGCAAAUGUCCGAAAGAAACAUCCUCAGCCGAUUGGCCAGUCGGGGCCCAGAUGCCACCACACAAAGCCAGUCACAGACCUCACAGCAGAUGCAGGUGUCACGCUGACCAAUACCCUUGCAUAUUUCACACUUAGUGACUGAGAACAGUUAAGAUCACCUCACCGCCGCGUAUCAGACGUCCUCCCAUCAGCCCAGCCAACAUGUACAGCACAGUCAGGUUAGUCCUCGCUCCUCACCCACAAACCCUCUCCGGACCCUUGAAGAGCAUCAGCUGUGCUGCUGG